CCUAGAGAGGGACAUGAGCACCGAGAGCGGCUGGGGACAAGAUCUGGGACCGGAGGCACCGGGCACAGGGGCACCGGGAGUGGCGGGGGCCGGAGUAGGGAGCACCGGGCAUACAAGCACCGGAAUCGAGGGGCACCGCGCAUAGGGGUACCGGGAGAGGCUGGGGCCGGAAUCUGGAACAUCGAGCACAAGGGUACUGGGGCAGGUUGGGGCCGGAAUUGGGUGCACGGGGGCCGGGAAUAGUGGCACCGGCACCGGACUGAGGAUGGGAAUGGAGACUGGGACGGGAACACCGGGAGCGGCUAGAAACGGGGAUCAAGGACAGAGGGCACUGGGAAUGGAGACAGGGGCACCGGCACUGGCUGUGACAGGGAGCAUCGAGACCAGAGAGUAGAUACCAGCAGUGGCUAAGGACAGAAUCGCGACCGGGGACACUGGGACUGAGAGUGGGGGCACCGGGACAGGGACGUGGGCACUGGGAUGGGCUGGAGAUGGGGCUUGGAGCCGAGUGAGCAGCACUGGGACCCGGUGGGAAUGGGGAUCCCGGGAACUGCUUGUUGCAAGGCACAGCCGGGGGUCCCGGUACGACCGGGCAAAGGGAGGCUCUCUCCGGGCAGAGCUCGGGCUCAGCCCAAAAACAUCCGGCUGGGCCGGUGGCACCGCGCCUCGCCCGCCCUGCUGCCAUCCUGUCAUAGUUCUCCUGCCUGUCAUGGGUGCUCUGCCUGCCAUGAGUGCAAGCCAUGGGUGUCCUGUCGUGAGCACCCUGCCUAUUGCGGGCACCCUGCCCGCUGUGAGUCCUCUGCCUGCCAUCCUGCUGCAGCACCCUGCCUAUUUGCUCACCAUGGAUGUCCUGCCCACGGCAGGACUACCCUACCGUGUGCACUUUGCAUGCUGUGGGCACCCUUCCUCCCGUGAGCACCCUGUCUGCCAUGGCUCCUCUCCUGCCGUGGGUGCUCCACUUACCAUGGGUCCCCCGCCUGCUGGGAGCACUCUGCCAUGAGAACCCUUCCUGCCACAGGUGCCCUGUUUGCCUUGGGCAUUCUGCCUACCGUGGGUCCCCUGUCUGCUGUGGGCACCCUGCUUGCCUUGAGCAUCCUGCUCACCAUGGGCACCCGUCUUGCUGUGGGCACACUUUCUGGCGUGGGUACCCUGCCCACCACGGCUCCCUCUUGCCCACCAGUGCCCAUGGUUUCCUUCCUGCAGGAGAUGGAGCUGGAGCCCCGGGGAAACGGCCUGGAGCCGGUGGGACACUACGAGGAGAUCGAGAUCUCGGAGAGCAGCGUCAACAACGGCCCCGAGCACAUCGGUCCCCACUGCUUCGAGCUGCUGCGUGUCCUGGGCAAGGGUGGCUAUGGCAAGGUCUUCCAGGUCCGUAAAGUCCAAGGCACCAACACGGGGAAGAUCUUUGCCAUGAAGGUUCUGAAGAAGGCCAAGAUCGCCUGCAACGCCAAGGACACGGCUCACACCCGAGCUGAGAGGAACAUCUUGGAGGCUGUCAAGCACCCCUUCAUCGUUGACCUCAUCUAUGCCUUCCAGACGGGCGGCAAGCUCUACCUCAUCCUGGAGUGCCUCAGUGGUGGAGAGCUCUUCAUGCAGCUGGAGCGGGAAGGCAUCUUCCUGGAGGACACUGCCUGUUUCUACCUGAGCGAGAUCACCCUGGCACUGGGCCACCUACACUCCCAUGGCAUCAUCUACCGAGACCUCAAGCCGGAGAACAUCAUGCUCAACAGCCAAGGUCACAUCAAGCUGACAGAUUUUGGGUUGUGCAAGGAGUCCAUCCAUGAUGGGGCUGUCACCCACACCUUCUGCGGCACCAUCGAGUACAUGGCCCCUGAGAUACUGGUGCGCAGCGGGCACAACCGGGCGGUGGACUGGUGGAGCCUGGGCGCCCUGAUGUACGACAUGCUCACAGGAUCGCCGCCUUUCACCGCGGAGAACCGCAAGAAGACCAUUGACAAGAUCCUCAAGGGCAAGCUGGUGCUGCCACCCUACCUGACCCCCGACGCACGGGACCUGCUCAAGAAGUUCCUCAAGAGAAACCCCAACCAGCGGGUUGGAGGUGGCCCGGGCGACGCGGCUGAUGUGCAGAAGCAGCCUUUCUUCCGUCACAUCAACUGGGAGGAUCUCCUGGCCCGAAGGCUGGACCCUCCAUUUAAACCAAGCUUGCAGUCAGAGGAGGAUGUCAGCCAGUUUGACACCCGCUUCACUCGCCAAACCCCGGUGGACAGCCCAGACGAUGCUGCCAUCAGUGAAAGUGCCAACCAAGCCUUCCUGGGCUUUACCUAUGUGGCCCCUUCAGUGCUAGAGAGCAUCAAGGAAGGGUUCUCCUUCCAACCCAAAGUGCGCUCCCCCCGACGCCUCAACAGCAGCCCCCGCACCCCCGUCAGCCCUGUGAAAUUCUCCCCUUUCGAAGCGUUCAAGCCAGGAGGGGCAGGAGGAGAGCCAAUGGAGGUGGCUACCCUGCCACCCCCUCCUCCAGAGGGCACAGCCCCCUUGCCCAUCAAGACCUCGGUGGGUGCCAAGAAGCAGAAAGGAGGUCGGGGGCGGGUGCCCAGGUAGGGGUGGGGUAGGGGUGGGGAGGGUUGGGGGUGGGGGCUGGCGCCCCACUUGUGGGUUCAGGUCGGGGGGACACCCCAAAAGCUGCUUCUGCUCUGGGUGUACCCCCUGCCUAAUAUCCCCCCCUUACCUGCUCACGCAGAUGCCAGGACGAGCUGGUAUGGAGGGGAGGGUGGGCAGGGGCACUCCCAAGGGUGUGGGCCCCCCAAGGGUGUGGUCCUUGGGUUGUGCCCCCUCCAAAGGCGUGGCCCAGCUGCUGAAUGUGUGAUAAUUAAAGGACUUAAUGAGGC